UCGCUUGUCUCCGGCAUUUCAAAACAAUCACAGUCACAUCAUCAGCCUGCCAGUGUAUUGUCUGCUGUUUCCCGUUCGUUUAGGACAAAGAGAUGGCAAUAAAGUGAGUCAUUGCAUUUUGAUUAUUGGGCAUUAAGCGUUUACAGCAGCCAUGUGGAAAAUACCAAGGAGGAUUUCACUGACUGCUAGGUUGUGUUGCUUUCCCAAGGACCCACUGGAGGAUGUUGACACCUGGAGUGAGUCGAUGGACAAAGUCCUCACUUGUAAAGCCGGACAGUUAGCUUUCCGAGAGUUCCUGCAGUCGGAGCACAGUGAGGAGAACAUCCUGUUUUGGCUUGCGUGUGAGGAGUAUAAAAAGACUAAGACGGUCCCAGAGAUGAUCUCUUCUGCCAACAGGAUCUACUCUGAGUUUGUCCAAACAGAAGCGCCCAGACAGAUCAACAUUGAUUGUGCUACCAGGGAGAACAUAACAAAGAACAUCUCUCAGCCGACCCUGACUUCGUUCGACACGGCACAGAAGCUCAUCUACUGCUUGAUGGCCAGAGAUUGCUACCCACGCUUCCUCAAAUCUGACAUCUAUCAAGGCCUGCUGAGGAGAACUGACUCAAGGUGACUGUUUUUAAACCACAGACGUGCAAAAUCUCUCCAAAUCUCUCAUCGGCAGUAGCCUUACUAUCGGCUUGAAGUGUACAGAAUGUAGAUUUUUCUCAACCUGUGUGGCAGUAGACAGUCCGAGACCAUUUGCAGCUUGUAUUAUACUGUUAUCUUUUUAAUUAAGUGAAGAUAAUAAAGGUCUUUAAAGACAGAUUGUGCACUGAGAUCUAUUUUCUCCGCUCCACCCUACUAAAGAACGAAUACCCACAUGUCAAGUAUUAUUAUCGAACUGAUUGUAACUGACAGAAAUUUAAAUAUUCUCUGACGCAUUUUCUUUCCAAAU